UGGUGAGGCAAGGCAAGAGAGACUGAGAACGUAAUAGAUCAGAGAUCUCGGCGUUGAGUUAUGGAAUUUGAAGAACUUACAGUCUUAGCUCUAGCCCUGACUAUCUUAUUUCUAAUUGCAAAUCAGUUGAGAAAUAGAAAUAAUAAGCAAUUUAAGCCACCUCAGCCCCCAUCAUGGCCCAUAAUUGGGCAUCUCCAUCUGUUCAACAAGAAUCGCCAACUUCACAGAGUUCUCUGCUCAUUAUCCCAUCAUCAUGGCCCCAUCAUGCUUCUGCAACUGGGCUGCAGACCUGUUUUAGUUAUCUCUUCUUCACAGCUAGCAAAAGAAUGCCUUUCUGUUAAUGACAGAGUGUUUGCAUCAAGGCCCAGUCUUUUAGCUGCAAAACAUAUGGGCUAUGACUCCAAGAUCCUUGCAUGGCUUCCCUACUGUAAUUACUGGCGAGAUCUUCGAAAGAUUUGCACUCUGCAACUCUUCACAGGGCACCGGAUCGAGUCCCUCAGACAUGUCCGAGUGGAUGAAGUUUCGAAUUUCAUUCGUUCUUUGUUUGAAAGUUCAGGGCAGCAGGUGAACAUGAAGUCCAGGCUCGGUGAACUGGCUUUUAACAUUAUAUUGUUCAUGGUGGCCAGCAAAAAAAUCACGAGGUUUGUUAAGUCAGAGGAGUUUCGGAAGUUUAGGAAGAUCAUAGACGAGGCUUUUUUGCUUGCUGGGACUUUCAAUGUUGGUGAUUAUCUUCCGUUUCUGCAAUGGGUUGAUGUCCAUGGCCUGAAAGCUGCCAUGAAAGAGCUGCAGAAGAAAAGAGAUGAUUUUAUGCAGAAGCUGGUUAAAGCUCAUCGUCAGAGGCAACAGGAUCAUGGUGUGCAACAGCCCCAAGAUCUUAUUGACGUUCUCAUCUCUGCAACUGACAACCAUGAAAUUCUCUCUGACAGUAGCGAUACUGUUGUCAAGGCCACUGCCACUGCCAUGCUAAGUGCAGGUACGGACACAACGGCUGUGACCAUCGAAUGGGCAAUGGCGGCGCUGUUGAAGCACCCACACAUUUUGAAGAAAGCCCAGCAAGAACUGGACACUCAUAUUGGACGGGACCGAGUAGUAGAGGAAUCAGAUCUGCACAAGCUGAAAUAUUUGGAAGCAAUUGUGAAAGAAACUCUUCGCCUAUAUCCUGCUGCACCAGUUCUAAUUCCUCAUGAAUCCACUGAGUCAUGCAGUGUGGGAGGAUAUGAAAUCCCAGCUGGAGCACGACUUAUUGUAAAUGUAUGGGCAAUUCACAGAGAUCCAGCAGUGUGGGAAAGACCAACAGAGUUCGAUCCUGAAAGGUUUUUGCAGAAGGGAAGAGAGAUCGAUGUAAAAGGUCACAACUUUGAACUGAUUCCGUUUGGUUCAGGGAGAAGAAUGUGCCCGGGCAUAUCUCUUGCAUUGUGUUUGGUGUCUUAUACAUUGGCCCGUUUGUUGCAGAGCUUUGAGUGGAGUGUUCCAGAGGGGAUGACGAUUGAUAUGAGUGAGGGAUUGGGACUCACAAUGCCCAAGGCUGUUCCAUUACAGGCCAUUAUCAAACCUCGUCUUCCACCUCAUUUCUAUUGAUUUCAAGGAGUUUCUUUAGAAUAAGUGGUAUAAAAUGUCUCUGGAAAUAUCUCCAAAUGUUCAAGGAUUUCCCUGGUCCUCUGAACAUAUAUAUAUAUAUAUAUAGCUUACAUAUUGAAUUGUGGGGAGAUGAAAUGUUCUUUAUUUCAUAAAAUAUUUUUAAGGUGUAGGUCUUUGGUUCAUAUAUAGAAUUUUAUUAUGUAUUUUUCAAUGUUCAAGGAUAUAUUUUUGUUGU